AUGAUUUUGCUACUGUAUCCGCGCCCUGCUGACGCGAGGGUCAAGAUCAGUGUGUGCGCAACUAGUGCUCCUAUUACUGUUUUCAAAACAAUUGCGAAAGACGAUGAGUGCUUUCCUUAUAUCUUCAAACGCAAAAGCAGUGCUCGAUGCAUCCUACACAGCUCCAUGCAUGUUGGCCCGUCUCAAGAAGAAAACAUCACUGUCUGGGAGCCAACUCUGCCUUAUGGCGACACCUCGUCCAAAUCAACAAGCAUCUCAAAAUCUACCUUUGAUGAUGCAAGCACCAGUAACAUAGGCUAUGAGGGAUACCCAGAGACUCUCACAUCUAUUUCUCAUGCUCCUUGCAUGGUCUCCAAGGAAAAGCGUUCUGGCUGUGGGACUGAUUUGAAACAUAACGAUGUUGAUCAACCCCAAAUUCUGUCGGCUGGUCCCGAUAUUGGAGUCACUACAUGUACUUUAGCUGGACUCUAUUCUCAAAAAUCCGCGACUUUUUGUACCCCAGAAGAGCUAUCCCUUAGCUACAGCGUGUGUGUUACCCAAGAAGAUGCAGAGAGAGACGCUCGCGUGGGAUCCAAAGACAAAGGCUUUGCAGCUCGCUGGAAGAAAGGCUCGGUGCUGAAAUAUAUCAUUCGCACGGAGACUUUCCAAAAUCCUCGACAAGCAGGAUUGGUAGCGCGCGAAGCGACAAAAGCAAUUGCGAUGUGGCAAAAUAUCGGAGUUCGCUUUGAGAAAGUUGGUCGUGAUGAGAAAGCUACAUUUGCAAUAAAGUUCUGCCCUCAGUCAGACAAUUGCAGACGUGAUGUCUAUGCCAGAGCUUUCUUUCCGAACGACUCACCUGACGAAUUAUCUGUGUACGAAUUGGCACUGGAGCGGUCCAAUGUCUGCUUCUUAGCAAACAUCCUCGCUCAUGAAUUCGGCCAUAUUCUGGGCCUUCGCCAUGAGUUUGCUGUUGAAACAUCUUUUCUUUGGGGGAAGGAAAAUGCUCGAUCAGUGAUGAAUUAUUUCAGCGACCUAAGUCAACUGCAAGUAGGGCCACAAGAUCGUGAAGAAUUGGCGACAUUUUAUGAGUGUGACGAAAGACGGCACGCCCAGCCGCCCAUAAUUGAAAUCGAGCCGCCGUUAUACCGGUUUCCUAAGAGCAACAGGAGUCUUAGACGCUAUCAGCCGACUUCGAAACGGCUGUAUCUAAACUAUCGGAACAGGCGCGUUCGCUUCCGCCGUAAUCCUUCAUUGACCCAGAAAGUCGAUCAACGGACAAAUUCUUCACGAAUUUUAUUGUCACCUUCUCUCGUUCGCUUUUAUUGCGGCUUUGCGUUCUUUACCUCUUUUGCAUACUGUGCUUUUUUCCUUGGACGAAUGUGA